CGCUCGCGGAACUAUUUGGUCGCAUUCGCGGGUUUAAUUCGCCAAGACUAAAAAUCCAAAACAACAUCGCUCUCGUAACCCAACUAAUAAGCAAGCACGCCCCCCUUAUAAUCCAGACACAAAAUCUCACCAUCGCAUCGCCGCUGGACAGGUCGAGACGUUGUCUGGCGGGAAAUGUAACAAGAGGAAACGGAUAUAGCCGCUACCAACAUGCACUGAUAUUAGCGCACAGGACAGGAAUACCGAUCUCGACCUGGAGCUAGACCUAGACCUACCUAGAUAGUCCUGCAAAUUCCCUCCGCUUUACCCCCGAGUAUUCAGAAACUGAUCGCAGAAAGUGCUGGCUCAGACAAUGGCGCACUUUAGUGGACAUCGCCAACCGACCGAGGUGCCGGCCCAUUUCAAAAAUCUCUUCACCAAUGGCCAGUUGGGAGCUGCCGAGGAUAACAACAAUCCCGGCGACAACAACGAGCAGGAGAACCGGCCCAACAACGGCCACGAUGACAACAGUAACGAGGACAUCGCCUGCUGGGUCUUCGGAUAUGGAUCACUGUGCUGGUAUCCCGGCUUCACCCACAGCAAGUGCAUUACUGGCUAUAUUCGCGGCUAUGUUCGCCGAUUCUGGCAGGGCAACGUCACUCACCGGGGCUGUGAAGAAAAGCCUGGACGUGUUGCAACGCUGGUAGAGGACAAAGAGGGCAUAACUUGGGGAUGCGCCUAUAGAAUAACAGGAAGCACAGCUCUGGAUUACCUAAAGCAGCGAGAGUGCACCCUGGGAGGCUAUGCUACCAUCGAUACCAAGUUCUUUCCCCGUGUUGCAUCCCAGGACACUCCGUUCAGUGGAGAAGCCGUGGAGGUGCUAGUCUACGUGGCCACGCCGGAGAACUGCCAUUGGCUGGGCGAGUCGCCAGUGGAGGAAAUCGCUGAGCAAAUUGUCUCUUGCCGGGGACCCAGUGGCCACAAUGCCGAGUACCUGUUGCGCCUAGCCAUGUUCAUGCACGACGAGAUACCCGGCGUGUGGGAUGAGCACCUGUUCCAGCUGGAGCGCCUAGUCCUGCAAGAGCUUUACCGCCGCGAAAUACCUCUCUCGUCUGUGAUGGGCCGCAACCCGGAUCGGAUACGCCGCGACUCCCACGAAGAUAUCCGCCGCCCGCCGUCCUUCGAGUUCACCUCCCGUGUGCCGGAAACGAAGCUGCGCUGCCUCAACAUUUGAUCGCUGGUGU